AUGGGUAUAUGUACUUCAAAGCCACCACCGAAGCCAAAUCCGUAUGCUCCGAGAGACCCAGAUGGCCGGAUUGAUCCAUCUCACACUCCUAAAUCAGCUCCUACUCCUCACCGGAAAGAUGAUCUUGUCGCCGGUAAACAGUCACCGUUUUUUCCUUUCUUUAGUCCUAGUCCAUCUCCUUAUUUUUCGAAGAAGAAGAGUCAGAACUCGCCGUUACCUGGGGGUGGACCUGAGAGUGCUACCUCAACUCCUGGUAGGACCCCUGGUAGAUUCUUCCGGCGGUCGUUUGCUCCUCCUUCUCCGGCGAAGCAUAUUAGGGCGGUGCUUGCGCGGCGGCUUGGAAAGAAAGCGGGUUCUACUGCGGCGAUUCCGGAGGAAGGCGACGAGGAAAGUGGGAUCGAAUUGGAUAAGAGAUUUGGGUUCUCGAAAGAGCUUACGAGUCGAUUGGAGGUUGGGGAGGAGGUGGGUAGAGGGCAUUUUGGGUAUACCUGUUCUGCUAAGUUCAAGAAAGGCGAGCAUAAGGGUCAACAAGUUGCUGUUAAAGUUAUUCCUAAAGCUAAGAUGACAACAGCUAUUGCAAUUGAGGAUGUGAGAAGGGAAGUAAAAAUAUUGCGAGCUUUGACCGGGCGUACUAAUCUCGUACAAUUCUACGAUGCAUUUGAAGACCACGAUAAUGUCUACAUUGUAAUGGAGUUGUGCGAAGGAGGAGAACUUCUAGAUAGAAUACUUUCAAGAGGUGGAAAGUACUCAGAAGAAGACGCAAAAGCCGUCAUGGUUCAGAUAUUGACUGUCGUUGCAUUUUGUCAUCUUCAAGGCGUUGUGCACCGAGAUCUGAAACCUGAGAACUUCUUGUAUACAUCUAAAGACGAGAACGCACAGUUGAAAGCCAUAGACUUUGGCUUGUCUGAUUUCGUCAAACCAGAUGAAAGACUUAAUGACAUAGUUGGAAGUGCCUACUAUGUGGCACCCGAAGUUCUGCAUAGAUCUUAUGGUACAGAGGCCGAUGUGUGGAGUAUAGGGGUGAUUGCAUACAUUCUUUUAUGUGGUAGCCGUCCAUUUUGGGCCAGGACAGAGUCCGGAAUUUUUCGAGCAGUUUUGAAAGCCGAUCUAAGUUUUGAUGAAGGUCCAUGGCCUUCAUUAUCUUUUGAAGCAAAGGACUUUGUCAAGCGACUGUUAAACAAGGAUCCACGCAAACGAUUGACAGCUGCCCAAGCAUUAAGUCAUCCUUGGAUCCGUAAUCACAAGGGUGCAAAAGUUCCUAUUGAUAUCUUAAUAUUCAAGGUCAUGAGAAUAUAUAUGCGGUCAUCAUCCUUGCGUAAGGCUGCUUUGCGGGCUGUAUCCAAGACAUUGACGGUAGAUGAGCUCUCUUAUUUAAAAGAACAGUUCGAACUGUUGGAGCCAAAUAAAAAUGGUUUUAUUACUUUGGAAACUAUUAAGAUGGGUCUCGCGAAACAUGCAACCGAUGCCAUGAACGAGUCUCGUACGCUUGAUUUUCUUGCAAAUUUAAAUACACUUCAAUACAGAGGAAUGGAUUUUGACGAAUUCUGUGCCGCUGCAUUGAGCAUCCAUCAGCUAGAAGCACUUGACCGGUGGGAACAACAUGCUCGUUGUGCAUACGAAAUUUUCGAGAAAAAUGGAAAUCGGGCAAUCGUCAUAGAAGAGCUUGCUUCUGAACUGGGUCUUGGACCAGCCAUCCCGCUCCACGUUGUUCUUCAAGAUUGGAUCAGGCACACAGAUGGGAAGCUAAGCUUCCUUGGAUUUGUCAAGUUAUUGCACGGCGUGUCAAGCCGAUCGCUAGCAAAGGUGUCGUGAACCGGUUAGCCCGGCUUGGCUUGGAAUAUCUCAGUACAGACUAGUUUGUUUCUGCUACAACCAUACAUGAGAGCUGUUGGUUGGAUCUCAAAGGGGCCUCAAAACACCAGAAAAAAAUGGAAGGUUACCAGCCAAAUUGUAAUUUUGGAGCAUAUUAAUGAACUUACUGUUCCUCAGAGCCAAUUCUUUUGGGAGCUGCUUGGACCAUUUCAAAAGCUCUAUGGGCAACUUCCCAAGAAUGUUGACUUGAAGUUCCACUAUAAAUGAAGAUGUAAUUUAUUGUUAUUAUUAUCAUCAUCAUUAUUAUUAUUUUACCAAAUAGUGUGAUAGCAUUGCCACUCAUGUAGGACUAUUAAUACAUAACUUCCAUCAAUCUUGUCUCCACUUUCUUUUCAGCUCUUAAA